UGAAAAAAACAUUCGUUAUUAUUUCAAAGCAGUUUCAGAUAGUAAAGUUCCUCAUUUCAAACAACAUUUUUCAAAGACUGCGAAAUAAUCAUAAAUGUAUUUUUCUUGCCUUGGUGAAAAACAUUUUGGAUAAAGUCAGUGACUGACAGUAGAAGCAGUAGAUCAAUCGAGUACAUUUUUAUAAUACCACCUAAACCAAUUUUUUGGAUUGUGGAACUACGCUGAAAUAAAUUAGAGCUCUGCUAAAAGAUGAAGAAAUUUGCGUUCGUCAUUAUAUUACCUACACUGCUGACAUUUGGCAUUGUGCUACCCGAUGCCACCAAUGAAGAAACAACUUCGAUGCCAGACACUUCUUCAAUAAAUGGAGGCGAUGGAGGAGAAAAUGCACUUCUGGAAAUUCAGGGACUGCUUGGAGAUUUUUUCAAGUCACAAAUUAAGUUAUUUAUGAAUGAAUCACUUACUAUUUUUGACGGGUUUGAGAAUCCUGUCAAAUUGCAGUUAGAUCUUCCUGAUUUUAAUUUACUCAACGUUUUUACCGACCUGGACAAACUAGUAACUUUCAAACUUUACACUAAAGAAUCCGGCGAUGAAUUUCAAAUUUUAGGAGUCAAUAAUGAAAGAAUAUUAAACGAAAGUAAUUUUAAUAAAGAACGACCCACCUACAUCAUAACGCAUGGAUAUGCUUCUUCUUCCGACGGCUUUUCGUGUACUUUAAAUCGAUAUGCUCUGCAGAACACAACAGAUUCGAAUAUCAUCACAGUCAACUGGAGCCCUUUAUCUAACGGUAGCUAUACAGUAGCUAGAUUAUUUUCAGCACGUGUAGGAAAAUACGUUGGCGACUUUAUCAAUAUUCUAUACAAACAUGGAAUGAAACCUGAAGUGAUAACUCUGAUCGGUCAUUCUCUUGGAGCUCACGUAAUGGGAUAUGCUGGUCAAAAUGUAAACGAAAAAGUGAACCAUACUAUAGGUCUGGAUCCAGCUUGGCCUCUGUUUUUUGCUGUUUCUGUGGAUGAUCGUCUUUCACCUGACGAUGCUCUUCAUGUGGAAGUCAUACACACAGAUGCUGGACUUUUGGGUUACCCAGGAAUUUUGGGCAAUUACGAUUUUUAUCCUAAUGGAGGCUUCUUACAACCAGGUUGUUUGAAAGAUUUUCUUUCUGCCUGCUCUCAUGGACGAUCUUAUAGAUACUUAGCAGAACAAAUAUCAAAUCCUGGUCCUGACUUCUGCUCAUUGAAGAGCACAUUCAAUUGGAAUUUUUUUACGAAAUCGGCUACAAAUGAAAUGGCGUUCAUGGGUGCAAUCAACAGUUAUCCAGCAAGUCAAGGAACAUACUAUCUGAAAACCAAUGAUAAAGAACCUUUUAGUUUAACAACACAAUGUGAAUCAAUGCUGGCUUUAUAAACUGGGAAAAAUAUAUAUAUGGGUCACUUCAUGUGAGAUUUUACUAGAAAUUUCUUAUCGUCCGAGAAUGUUUUCUCUAUAUUUUGAGCGAAAUAAAAUCUGCACGUACUUGUUAAAAUAUGAUAUAGAUAUUUUAUGAGACAUCGAUUUUUUUAUGCAUUGACUUCAUGAAAACAAUCCUUUUCAAAUGCUUCAUGAAUCGCUCACUUUUCUACUGACACUUAGCAUAUAUUUUUCCGUAAAAUGGCUUAGUGUCAGUAGAAAAGUGGGAGAUUUUCGUAACAUUUGAAAAAGGACCGUUUUUUUGGGGUCGAUGAAUUUAAAAAUGGGCAUAUCGUAACAUAUCCAUAUGCCAUUUAAAAAAAAAAUACUUGUCGAUUUUGUUUAGCUUUACACAAGAGAAAAUCUUUUCAGGACAAAAAUGAUCUUAAAAAUGAGUUUUAAUGCUGAAACCAUGAGUGUCCAUGAUUCAUUUGUUCCCUCGUAUCUUGGUUUUGUAUUCUUUAUCUCGGCUUCUGUAUUUUAACAACUAUUUUUUGUAAUUGAAAAUUUAAUUGAUGUUGAAUAAAAAUAUUUAACUGCAUUACUA